AUGUUUGUUUGGCAACACAUGGACUCUCAAGUGGGCUGGCGCGACGUCUGGUGGCUGGAAUUGGAGACAGGGGAGUGUCAUGGCGGCUUGAGAAUAAAUUCCUGCGAAAAACGUAAACAAACCCAUUUGCUAUCAGUCUAUUGCGGUUUUCUGCACAAUAUGUCCAUUAUCGGGGUGAUUAACGCAUCAGUGGAGGAUACUGUGUUCUCUGAGGACAAUGUGAAGUUGCAAAUCAACAAGAGAGACGUGGGAAAUGGCACUCUCAUCCUGACAAAAGAAUACUUUGCCUGGAAGCCAGCGAGUCGGGAGGAGGGAGUGUCGAUACCCUGGCUGAAGAUCAGCCUGCACGCCAUAUCGUCAGCGCCGUCGCGGAGCAUUUACAUGAUUCUGGACUUUGUGUUGAGCUGGCCAGGAGUUUCUGAUGCCAAUGGCCAGGCGAAUGGAGCCAAUGCGGAGCCAGAAGUGGACGAGGACGAGGGCAAUGGAUCAGACGGCUCCCUGGGCAGCGAUAUUGGCGGCAGCGAGCUGUAUCUGAUGCCGCAGAAUCCCAACGCCGUGGAUCAGAUUUACGAGGCCAUGAAUCACUGCCAGCGACUCCAUCCGGAUCCCAACGACAGCAUCUCAGACGAUGAGUUCAUGGAGGCGGAGGAGGACGUCGCCAACAUCCAGAAUCUCCACAUUGAUGAUGACGAGAGAUUUGCCGAUGCUGAGGAGAAUUGAGGAGCUCUCGAGGGAAUUUCAAACCCAAUGCAUUUUCAUAUUGGUUUUCUUCUUUCUACCAAACCCAAUAAAGACAAUUUCCCAUUAAUAUCUCUGCAUUUUCCAAGGUCUUUCUUCGCACUUUUGGUCUUCCUGAAAAAUAAAUCAACGACAACUAAAGCGAAAAGACACGAAAGCAUAUUUUAAAUACUUUUAUUUAAUAUAUAUACUAUUUAAUUAUACUGUUUAAACACAUUUUACUACUACCUCCACAUGUAAUGUAAGUAAUAAUAAUUAUUUUUGUUCAUUUCAGCUUAAUUCAUCCUAAUCAAUGUUUCAUAAUGUUUCUUCACAUUUAAAUAAUAAUGCUAAAAUAUUGUUUUGCUCUCCGAAUUUUCACCGCUAAAUAAACCAUUUUGUGGAUCUUUUUUUUCUCUAUUUUCUGGUUUUUCAUCUUCUAUAUAAAAUGUAUAUUUUCAUAUAUAUAUGUAUAUAUUUAUAAAAAAUCAAUAAUUUAAUACAUAAUUAUUAAUUCUACUAAUUUUCUUUCAUUUUCAAAUCUGAUGUUUUCUCUUCUUCAAUUUUUUUUUCUUUAUUUACUCUCUGACAACUUUCAAUAAACAAUUGUAUUUUUUUUUUUCCUGGAUAAUUCCUUCUCGAAAACUUCUCAACUCUAUUUUUGUGUGUUUUUUUUUCCUCGUCUUUUUAAGAAAUAAAAAAAAGAAAGAAGCACAACUGAUCAUUACACAAAAAGUCCUUUUCCUUCCUUGAAAGUAAAAAAAAAAUAUGUGACAAAGAACAAGUUGAACCAAAGUUUGGAAUAUCUUAGAAUUACACAAUUAUUAUUGCUGAUUUUUUUUGUGUGUUUUUCCUUCACAGAAACUCUCUCAUCUCGUCUUGAAAAUAAUAAUAAUAGUAAUAUUAAUUAAUAAACGCCACCUAAAAUGUGCACAAAAUUAAGCCUAGUAAGAAAUUAAAUACACCUCGCAGCGAAGUCGUCCGACGUGUCACACAUGUCCACGGACAAGUCCCGAGCGCGAGUCUAUUUUACAGAAUUUCCGCCAUCUUGUCUCUCACAGGGUGGGAAAAAAAGGGUGAACAUUUUCGCCCCAAAGUUCUCACACACUUUUUCUUUAAAAUCCACAAUUCGGGGUUGAUGAUUUCUUUCUUUUGUAAAAAUCCUAUCAAUUACUGAUGCACUAAUUUUUUUUUUGCUAUUUUUUGCUUGGCAAUUUUCCCUAAAGACUGUCAAUCUAGGUGAAACAUAACCUAUAGAUUCUGCAUGCCAUUGCGAAUUGCUCACCCUUUUCUGCUUCUCCUUUUUUCAACCCCGGCGAGAGUAGCAAGAAAAUCAGAUCAAACUUAUGUACAAAGAGAUUCAUGUGAUUAUUCUUUUUCACAUUGUGAAGUGUUUUGUUUUGUUUUUUUCAUAUAUAUAUCGUCUGCCAGUGACCAAAAAAAAAACACUCUUUUGGUCCCUAGAAUCCUAGAGAAAUGAAGUAUACAAUCGAGGGUGGUUCAGAAAGAAGGAUGGAUGAGUUCAUGCGUGUGUGUGUGUGGACUAAGGAGGGAUCUCAAAUGGAAGUUAAUUACAAUUUGACUCUUUAAGAUGAUUAUUCUGUUUUGUCAUAAGAAAAUUUCCCAUAAGAUUUAAUUACUGUUGGUUAAAAUGUCUUAGUAAUGCCUUUCUUCUCCUCUCCAUCACACCUCUCUCCCAAUCUCUCUGUCGCUUUCUCAAGAAGUAUGAUCUUCCCUUUAUCUACUCAACACUCAUUCACCCAAACAAUCUAACCUCACUUUUUUUUUCGAUUCUCUACGCGCGAGCGAAACCCAUGAAAUAACCUGAAUAUGAAGCGAUAUUAAGCGAAUUUGUUUUUCUUUUCUUUUAUUCUUCUUCUCAUGGAAAAAAUUGCCUACAUUUGCGCGCACUUUUUACAAAGACAACCUACAAAAGCGAUUUUUUCAUACUAUUUUUUUUUCUCAUCAAUCAUUCAUCUAUAAAAUUGGAAUUUUCAUGCAUUUCUUCUCUAGCGUCCACAUUUAUUUAGAAUUCAAAGAGGUAUUACUAUUUUCCAUGUUUUUUUUCACCUUCUUCUUUCCUUCUAAUAUUACGAGAGUAUUUUUUUUUCUUUUUAGUGUUUGUAGUAGUUUUAGUGUAGAAAAAACUUUAUGUAUUAAAUUAGUUGCUUCACAAAGUCAGCUAUCAAUUGAAGCUUGGUUGUUUUUUUUUUUUGUACAAAGAACCUAAAAUGAAAAUGGAAUGUGAUUGGCCAAUUCGCAUGUUUCUCACCAUUUGUUCCACCGAACAGACGGACAUUUCCUACAAAAUUCCUUAGAAUGUGCGUGAUUUCUUCCCUUCCCAAUUUUUCUCUUCAUCUUUUGAUGCUGUUCUCAUUUUUUUGUAUCUAUCGGAAUGUCUCUCUUUCUGUACAAUUUUGUCACUAUCAAAUCUCAUGGCCGCCUAAUUGAAAGAGAAAAGAAUUCACGCUAAUAUGGCAAAACAAUGUCUUGGAAUCUUCUUCUCUCCACUUUCUUUUACAGAGUGUUG